GACCAUCCAGGCAGCUUUUUCCCCAAAUACACAUAACAGUUAGGAAAGCUGCAAGUUUUCGCAGUUGGCCAAAAACGUCCAGCAGUUCCAGCGCUGAGCCAGAAAAUUCCUGCGAAAGGCUGUCGUGGCAAGUGUUACCCGCACACAUACACAUCAUCCAGAUCCAGCCAAUCCCCCCGUGGAGUGGAGUGAAUUUUCAUUGACGACUGGGGGCGAAAAAGCUCUGGCGGUAGAGCGAAAGUGAGAGAGAGAGAGGCGGCACUGAGAGCGCAACCCUCUAGAACAAAAACAACGAAACAGAGUUCAGCUGCACCACCACCCACCACCUACACCCACACCACCACCACAGCCCACUGGCCAUCCCACAUCCCGACCUGCGGCAGUGGAAUACAGUGAAAGAGGCCAAGUGCAUAGUGCAUAGAGCAUAGAGUACCUUCAUCCUAAUCAUCGCCAGACGAAUUCGUUGAGGCCACCAGAGCACCACCAGCCAACCACAGAAGCAACCACACAGCCACCAGAGCCAUAGCCCAGAAGACGAGGUAAAGGUCAUAGUUUUUGGGGGUCUGAGAUGGGCAAGAAAGACAAGAACAAGGAACCGGCGGACGCUGCACCAGCUGGCGAUGCACCACCAAACGCCGGAGCCCCGGCCGGAGAGGGCGGCGAUGGCGAGAUUGUGGGCGGACCACACAACCCGCAGCAGAUUGCGGCACAGAAGCGUCUGCAGCAGACGCAGGCGCAGGUCGAUGAGGUCGUGGACAUCAUGCGCACGAACGUGGAGAAGGUGCUGGAGCGCGACAGCAAGCUGUCGGAGCUGGACGACCGCGCCGAUGCCUUGCAGCAGGGCGCCUCGCAGUUCGAGCAGCAGGCGGGCAAGCUCAAGAGGAAAUUCUGGCUCCAGAACUUGAAGAUGAUGAUCAUCAUGGGCGUGAUUGGUCUGGUAGUCGUGGGCAUUAUUGCAAAUAAACUUGGCCUCAUAGGCGGGGAGCAGCCACCACAGUACCAGUACCCCCCACAGUACAUGCAGCCACCGCCGCCGCCUCCGCAGCAGCCAGCCGGAGGACAGUCAUCGCUGGUGGAUGGGGCAGGAGCAGAAGUAGGAGGAUCGGCAGGAGCUGGCGACCACGGCGGCGUGUAAGCAAUCUCGCUACAAGGACGAACGUUUCUCGAUUAGUGGGCUCCAGCAGCGGGCGAAAGCAAAGCAAAGCAGAGAAGACAAAGAAACAAAACCAAGAAAGGAAAACUCAGUUAAACUAGAAAAUCUCGAGAAUUGCAAUGAACUCAAUAAUAAUUUCCACUUAGACGAUGUGCACGAGUUGGUGUGAGAGGUUUUAAGUAACUUACGUCAUAAUAUUAAUACUAAAUCUAAUGAAGACGCUCCGGACAAAUUGAAGUUGUUGCUAAUUUGUUUAUGGUUACAUUAUUUCAUGCAUAAAACGGUAUAUAUAAUUAUAAAUAUAAAUACAAAUACAAAUACCAAAAUAUAUGGAACUUGAAUAUUA